AUGUCUAGUCCAACUCGUAGCAGUAGAAAGAGACAAAACGAAGACGGUGAAGGGUCUGAACAGCCAUCUUCACCCCCUGGAUCUUCACCACAGUUACCCCCAUCAUCGCCAGCUAUCCCAUUCGCGGAUGAUGUAGACGAAGACGAUGAGAUUCACAAUGAUAUAGUCGAUUUAAAUCCUUCAGAUGAAGAAGAAGGUGAAGAUUUGAUGGAAAAUAUGGAAAAUGAUUAUCAAAGCAAUUCAGCCCAAGAUAGAUAUGACUUGGGAGAUGGCAACAUAGAUGAUGAAGGAGACUUCGAGGCCAUGGAUGCCGCUACCAGAAGAAGAAUUGACCAGCAAUUGAACAGAAGAGAUGAAAUCUUGAAUGCCAGUACAGGAAACAGGUCCAGGAGGCAAGCCUUUUUGGACGAUGACGACGACGAUGGUGAACCUGAAGAUGGUGAAGAGAAUGAAUAUGGAUUGCCUAUCCAAAGAAGAAGAAGAAGACACUACGAUGAGGACCCAGACAACGCUGGGGAUGAGGAAUUGGAUAUGGGUAUGGAUAUCGACCCGUUCAACGAAGAAUUGUCCUUGGAAAGUUUGACCGAUAUCAAGGCUGGUAGUAUCACCGAGUGGGUAUUACAGCCACAAGUAUCCAGAUCAAUUGCUAGAGAAUUGAAGUCAUUUCUUUUGGAAUACACUGACGAGCAUGGUAGGUCCGUGUACGGUGCUAGGAUUAGGACAUUGGGUGAAAUGAAUGCUGAGUCCUUGGACGUUUCAUACCAACACUUAGCUGAGCUGAAAGCUAUUUUAGCUUUGUUCUUGGCCACAUCGCCUGAAGAGAUCUUGAAAAUCUUUGAUAUUGUUGCCAUGGAAGCUACGGAAUUGCAUUACCCUAACUACUCUCAAAUCCAUCAAGAAAUUCAUGUUAGAAUCAACCAGUUCCCUAAUUUAUUGAACUUGAGAGACUUGAGAGAAAACAAUUUAAACUCGUUGAUCAAAGUCAGUGGGGUUGUGACAAGAAGGACCGGUGUUUUCCCACAAUUAAAGUACAUUAAAUUCGACUGUUUGAAGUGUGGUGUGGUAUUAGGUCCCUUUAUCCAGGAUUCCAAUGUUGAAGUGAAAAUAGGAUUCUGCACGAAUUGUAGACUGAAGGGCCCUUUCAAAUUAAAUUCUGAAAAGACAUUGUACAGAAAUUAUCAAAGAAUCACAUUGCAAGAAGCACCGGGUACUGUUCCACCAGGAAGAUUACCCAGACAUAGAGAAAUAAUCUUAUUGGCAGAUUUGGUAGAUCUUGCCAAACCAGGUGAAGAAAUAGAUAUCACUGGUGUGUAUAAGAAUAACUAUGAUGGACAAUUAAAUGCCAAGAAUGGAUUCCCAGUCUUUGCAACUGUUAUAGAGGCAAACUCUAUUACGAGAAGGGAAAUGAAUUCUUCAUCCUCCAAUGGUGGAGGUUGGACUGAAGAAGACGAAAGAGAAUUCAGAAAGUUGUCACAAGAAAAGGGUAUAAUUGAUAAAAUUAUUAGUUCUAUGGCCCCAUCCAUUUAUGGACACAAGGACAUCAAGACUGCAUUGGCAUGUUCAUUAUUUGGAGGAGUUCCUAAGAAUGUUAAUGGAAAGCAUUCCAUUAGAGGUGAUAUAAAUGUGUUAUUAUUGGGUGACCCUGGUACUGCUAAGUCUCAGAUUUUGAAGUACGCAGAGAAGACUGCCAACAGAGCGGUCUUCGCCACAGGUCAAGGUGCCAGUGCUGUUGGUUUAACUGCCAGUGUUCGUAAAGAUCCUAUUACAAGAGAAUGGACCUUGGAAGGAGGUGCAUUAGUAUUAGCUGAUAAAGGGACUUGUCUUAUUGAUGAAUUCGAUAAAAUGAACGAUCAAGAUCGUACAUCCAUUCACGAAGCUAUGGAACAACAGUCGAUUUCUAUUUCCAAGGCUGGUAUCGUCACAACGUUGAGAGCCAGAUGUGCGAUUAUUGCCGCUGCCAAUCCCAAUGGUGGUAGAUACAAUUCUACCUUACCAUUCUCUCAGAAUGUCGAUUUAACAGAACCAAUUUUGUCUAGAUUUGAUAUUUUAUGUGUGGUAAGAGAUUUGGUAGAUCCAGAGCUGGAUGAAAGAUUGGCAAGUUUCGUAGUUGACUCCCAUAUGAGAUCUCAUCCAUCUACCACGGAGGAUUUGGAAGACGAUGAAGUAGGUGAAGAUGAUGAAGAAAUGGAGGGUGAAGAAGCAGGCGCUGAGACAACGCCAAGACGUCGUACAAGAAAACAAAAGAUAAAUAUGUUGAAUCAAAAGAAAGAACAAGAAAUAUCACCGAUUUCUCAGGAAUUACUUGCUAAGUAUAUAAACUAUGCGAGACAAAAGGUCCAACCUAAAUUACACCAAAUGGAUAUGGAUAAGGUUUCAAGAGUAUAUGCUGACUUGAGAAGAGAAUCUAUAUCAACAGGUUCAUUCCCUAUCACAGUUCGUCAUUUAGAAAGUAUAUUGAGAAUAGCUGAAGCAUUUGCCAAGAUGAGAUUAUCUGAUUUUGUCAGUCAAAAUGAUUUAAACAGGUCCAUAAAGGUAAGUAUUGACAGUUUUGUGGGUGCACAAAAGGUGACUGUAAGAAGACAAUUACAAAGAUCCUUUAUGAAGUACACCUUACCUCAAAGAAGGAAUUAA